UUCUACUUCUGUGUACCAACCGUCAACCUCCGAGAGAUCUACUGUCAAUUCAAACCACGGUCUUUUCGCCAGGACCACCAUCUAGCCAACAUGACGACGCGACAAGCUGCUCUGUCACUAUACCGUCGCUCAUUGAAGCUUGCGCUGGACUGGGCUGUCCAUCGUCACCUAUGGCGAGGCCAGGCGCUCUAUAUUCGAUCCUUGUUUGAGGCCAACAAGAAGGUCACAGAUCCUCGGCAACAGAGAGCCCUGUUAGCGGAGACAGAAAAGUUACUCGAAAGCUGGAAACACCCCGACCCAUACGUUCCGCCAACCGCACCAGGAGGAUCCAAAUUUGAGCGAAACCUACCAUCUCCGAUCUUAGACCCUCCCCCACACCACGCGAAUGGGCAUUGAGGACUUUGCUUGCGCCAAAAUUAGAUCAUGGGUAUAUAGUAAAAAAUAAUGCAUUUAUUCUAGCAAGCACACCUGUUUUCAUCCAAUCGCCAUGCGUACGUAAUCUGGGGUAGGAAAUUCAAGUGCACGUCUAGUAAAGGUGAGCUACUUGAUUCAUAUAAGAGAGAUAAGAGUGGGUGGAGGAAUAGAUUCUACCGCCUACACAAAAAAAAGUAACAUCAAUAAAGUCGAUGUGGAAUUGCAUUAGUA